UCCUAACAACUGUCACGGCCAGCCAACCCCGAGGCUCUGGGGGAAAGCCCGGGUCUCUGUGGCGAUCCCAGGAAACCUGGGUUUGGAGGCCUUGGCACCUCUAUCACUAAGUUCUCCAGUCCUUGGGUGAGGUCUUCCACAGGGAAGCUUUUCUGCUUGACUUUGGCCUUUAAUCCUUACACCAGGGAGUGACCUCCAACACAUCCAAACUACAGUUCAAGCGAGCAAGGCCCAGAAAAAGGUCAAGAUGGGGUUUAUGUUUUCAAAAUCUAUGAAUGAAAACAUGAAAAAUCAACAGGAGUUCAUGCUUAUGAAUGCUCGACUCCAGCUGGAAAGGCAACUAAUCUUGCAGAAUGAAAUGAGAGAAAGACAAAUGGCUAUGCAGAUUGCUUGGUCUCGAGAAUUUCUCAAAUAUUUUGGAACAUUUUUUGGCAUUGCAACCAUCUCUUUAACGGCUGGAGCAAUAAAACAAAAGAAGCCAGUCUUCUUCAUCCCUGUAGUUCCAUUAAGCUUUAUCUUCGCCUACCAGUACGAUUUGGGCUAUGGAACUCUUCUACAAAGAAUGAAAGGUGAAGCUGAAGACAUACUGGAAACAGAAAAGAGCAAGUUGCAGCUGCCAAAAGGAGUCAUCACUUUUGAAAACCUUGAAAAAGCUAGAAGGGAACAGAAUAAAUUCGUCAUAGACAAAUGAAGCUGUGUUUACUCACCAUCUCAAAGCACAAAGUUACUGGCUUGAAUCAUGAUUUUUACAACUUUUUAAAUGCUCAAUAUUUUGAUAUCAUGGCUUUUAUUUUAAAAUAUUAAAAUGCCAGGUGAGAUUUACUGAACUAUUUUAAAAUUAAAUUUAUAACAUUCAACACAAAAUCAUGGAAGUACUCCAAAGAACUUUCAGAUUUGCUGUAUGUGUGGCACAAAUUUCUAAAUGUAAAAUUAAUAAAUUACUUUGUUUUGAAUUUCUGGAAGCAACACUCCU